AUGGCAGCCGUCGAGAUCAAACCCAAUUUCGUGAAAAGCGUCUCCUGCUUUAUCAAUGAUUUAUCUUACCGUGAAGCUGUUGAGAAUUCUGUGAAUUAUAAUACAAGAUUAUGUAUAGAACGGCGAUUAAGAAUGCCAUUUUUGGAUACCCAAACAGGUGUAGCUCAAACACAUUCAAGUUUAUUGAUGCUGGAACGACAGCGUAUGCCUGGGUUAAAUAACGGUCAAGUAUAUACAUACCCUUCCAAAAGGUGGAAGAAGAAAAGAAGACAAUAUUUGUUAAAUACCUGCAAUAGCAGCUCUGUAAAUUCCUCUGUAUUCAAUUCUUCUGGAAGACGUAAAGAAUCUGGUUUAGCAAGUGGUGGUGAUUCUGGGGAUGGAACUAAUUCAUUUAAUAUUGAUUUACAUACUGGAGACAGUCAAAAUGCAAUUUCAAACAAUGAAGAUAGUAAAGAUAGCCUUGGAACAAAUACCAUAGUAUCUAAAGAUGAUCAGACUAACCAAAAUAGUUCAAACACUAAAGUAUCUUCUGAAUGGUAUUAUGAUGAAUUUGAAAUUCAAGAAAUCGAAGGAUUUGAAGAACCUGAUGCCGAUUCAGAUUAUGAUUAUGAAGAGAGUUACACUAAACGAAAAAGGCGGAAAGUUGGGAAGCCUGGUCGUAAUAGUACGAAUAAUGAAAGUACAAGUGGUCGGCGCAGUACAAAAGGUUCAACAUCUGGAAGAGGAAGAAAAAAAGGAAUGAGUGGUUUCAUUGAUCUUCAAGACCCUGAUAAACCAUAUGCAUGCGACCUAUGUGGAGCUCGUUACAAGACUCGACCUGGUCUUACUUAUCAUUACACUCAUUCACACAAGGAAAAACCUGCUGCCAAUAUACCUGUAGCAGAUGAAGAGGCCAGCCAAGAGAGUGGUUUAGUAUCAACCCCUGUGUCUCCACAAACACAACAGUCUCAACCAUUUGAACAACAACAAACUACAACAGGUCCUUCAGGCAGCAACAAUACACCGGUGGCGUCUCCUGCUCCUCACUCAAAACGGGUUUCAGCUAGGAUGUCAAACCAUCAAAACAAUUCUCCACUGGUGACAUUGAAUCCAAAUGAAGCAGCUUCGAGCACGGCAAGUUCAACUUUUCCAUCAACUGCUACUCCAGCAAAAACGUCACAUAAUAAAGCGGUUUCGAGAGAAGGAUAUACUAAAACAAAAUCUGGAGGCAAUAAUAAAUCUGCAAAUCCAUCACCGUAUUGUGAUUUUUGUUUGGGCGAUGAAGUAUCUAAUAAAUCUGGUCAACCAGAAAUAUUGAUUUCUUGUUCGGACUGUGGCCGUUCAGGCCAUCCAACAUGUCUGCAAUUUACUGCAAAUAUGAUCAUUUCUGUUGGAAAAUAUCGCUGGCAGUGCAUCGAGUGUAAAUGUUGUUCAAUUUGUGGAACAUCAGAUAACGAUGAUCAACUUUUGUUUUGUGAUGAUUGUGAUCGUGGUUAUCAUGUGUAUUGCUUAACACCACCACUUACAUCACCGCCAGAAGGUUGCUGGAGUUGUAAAUUAUGCAUCAAAGAAUUCCAUUCAAAAUAA